AUGACCGUGAUUGCUCUAUUAUUUUUUGGACUGUUUGUGCGGCCAAUCGAAGCGGUGAAUCUAAAGGCGAAUAGAGCGACGCCGACUUCGUUUGCCAUCGACUAUGACAAUGACCGAUUUGUGCUGGACGGGCAGCCGUUUCGCUAUUUGUCCGGUUCGAUUCACUACUUCCGGGUGCCGCGCGUCUACUGGGAAGAUCGGCUGCGACGGAUGCGGGCGAUGGGGCUGAACGCGAUUCAGACCUACGUACCCUGGAAUUUCCACGAGCCGCAGCACGGGCACUACCUCUUCGAUCAUCAGCGCGACCUCGUCGAGUUCAUCAGAAUUGCCGAAAGAUUGGGGCUGUACACGUUGCUCCGCGUCGGCCCCUACAUUUGCGCAGAAUGGGAAAACGGCGGGUUGCCGUAUUGGCUGUUGAAGGAAAAGGGGAUCAAGAUGCGGACAAGUGACCCGAAAUACACGAAUUCUGUCGAAAAAUGGUUCGGCGUGCUGCUUCCGAAAGUUCGCCCGUUAAUGCGCGCAAACGGCGGGCCCGUUUUAAUGGUGCAAGUGGAGAAUGAGUACGGUAGUUUCUCGGCAUGUGAUGCAGAAUAUACGGGAUGGCUGAGGGAUCUUUUCCGCAAGCAACUCGGCAACGACACCGUCCUCUAUACGACGGACGGCGGUUCGGAGGGUUUCCUAAAAUGUGGCCCGAUUCCCGGCGUGUAUACUACGGUGGAUUUUGGGCCCCAGUCGAAUGAGGGAAUCGAUGCGGCUUUUCGCGCCCAGCGCAACCACACGCCGAAUCAUAGGGGCCCCCUGGUAAAUUCGGAGUUCUACGUGGGCUGGUUUGACAGCUGGAACGACACGACGAAGGAGGUGCCCUCAAAUGAGCUCAUUGUCAGCAGCGCCAGUCACAUGUACUCGGUGGGGGCCAAUAUCAAUUUCUAUUUGGCGCACGGAGGGACGAACUUCGGCUUUUGGAACGGCGCGGAAUAUGGCGGACCGGUGACAACCUCGUACAAUUUUUCGGCGCCAAUUGGAGAGGAUGGGGAUAUCACCCCGAAAUAUCUGGCAAUUCGCUCGUGGAUCAAAUCGCUCGAAGAUUGGCAUCAAAAGCCUCAGGAUGUGCCGAAAAAUAAUAAAAAACUCGCCGUCGGCAAGAUAAAAGUGGAGCACGUGGGCAGUAUAUUGGAUCUCGUCGAAAAAGGAUGCCAAAAUACCGACAAACCGUUGACUUUCGAGGAAAUGGACCAUUCGAUGGGAUUGCUGGGCUAUGCUACGAAACUGACGCGUUGCGGGAAAAAUUUGACGCUGGAGAGCUACAAGGACUGGGCGCACGUUUUUAUGGAUGGAAAACAUCAGGACAGCCUCUACCGCCAUUUCCCAUCGAAUCAUACCGUAACCCUCGAGAAAUGCCAUGACCAUUCGGAAGUGAAUAUUUUGAUGGAAAAUGAGGGACGGCUCACCUAUGAAACCGAGAAUGAUUAUAAGGGAAUCCUUGGCCCGGUACUCCUCGACGGUACUGAAAAAAUCCUCGAGGGUGUCUACACGGGGGUAUUCUCGGUGAACGACGUCGACGUCGGCGAUACGUUUAUCGAUUUUACGGGCUGGGGCAAGGGGUUUAUCCUGAUUAAUGGCCAUCAUUUGGGAAGAUAUUGGAAUGUCGGGCCGCAGCGUACCCUCUACGUGCCAUCCCCAUUUCUACGCAAGGGCGCAAAUCGUAUCUUCAUCGUCGAGCUGCUCUCCGAUUAUUACGGCGCUCCGCUUCCGAUGGUGGCCGCCGUGCAGAAGCUGCAACUUGGCGAGAAGGUGGCCGGCUGGGAGGUGGUGAAGAAGUUGGGCGAGGGCGGCUUCGGCGCCGUCUACAAGGUGAAACAUCCAUCGGGUCGUGAGAGUGCGAUGAAAAUCGAGGCGUGCUCGGCGACGAUUCGACCCAUGAAGAUGGAGGUGGUCGUCUUGCAGACCGCGAAAAGGGCGCGCGCGACCCACUUCUGCGAGCUGCUCGACGCCGGCAAAUGGGACACGUUCAACUUUUUGGUGAUGACGCUCGUCGGACCAUCGCUCCAUGACCUCCGAAAAGCCAAGCCGAAAGGCCGCCAGAUGCUGUCGUUGGGCUGUGCGAUUUCGGUGUCGAUCCAAUGUCUCAAGGCCAUCCAGCAAAUGCACGGUUUCGAGUACCUUCACCGCGACAUAAAACCUCCAAAUUUUGCCGUCGGGCUCGAAGACCCGAAAAAGAUUGUGAUGCUGGACUUUGGAAUGGCGCGGAAAUUCACGGAACCGGGAGGGCAGAUACGCGAGCCACGACAGGUGGCCGCUUUUCGCGGUACUGGAAGAUACGCACCGCUGUCGGCCCACCUGUUAAUGGAGCAGUGCCGGAAGGACGAUCUGGAGAUGUGGCUCUACUUGGCUAUCGAGAUGACGACGAACGGGCUGCCGUGGAAGCACCUCUCGGAGGACGAGGAGAUUUUAGUCAUGAAAAACGAGGCCCGAACCGAUGGAAAGAUGGCCAUCCUAUUUGGGGGAUGCCCUCGCGAAUAUGUGGUGCUCAUGAAAUAUAUCGAUCAGCUGCAAUACCGUGACCUUCCCCAUUACGAACAAAUGGUUGGCAUGCUGCGAAAGGCCGUCGAGAAGAAUGGCUGCCAGGAAUAUCCAUGGGAUUGGCAGCCCGAGAGCAAGCAUUUUGCCGAGAUCAAGCUCGAUCAGCCACCCGGGAAAUCGGCCGAGCCGGCAGCAGCUGUCAGUCCCGAUAAGAAGACACCGAGUCGAGAGAAA